AUGAAACGAAUUCAAGAAAUCCAACAAAGUUUGGAACAGCUUGCAGUGAUGGAUGAACACCUGGAGAAUUGUGAAGAAUGGAAUUUCGUGGCGCAGGAAAUCGUCAAAAAAUUGAGCACAAUCAAGAAAGAAGUUGAGAGAAGUGUUGCUCCAACACCGAUUCUCCUAACACCUCCCGGCUCUUGUGGAACUGGAAGUAUUUAUUCCGACACCUCAUCAGCAGUUGACAACAACGUUUACACAGAAGCCGUCGAAGCUUACGAUCAACAGAUCUAUUCCAGAUGUGUUCGAUUGGUGGAAAGUGCCAACAGAGAGUCACCAGUAGACAUGUGCCUCAUCUCUCUUGCCCAUCAUUCAUAUGCCGAAAUGGUAAACGCUGCGAGUGGAUCGGAUGAUUCAAUGAAGUUCGCAAAAUGGUGGGCAGAGUUUUUGGAUUCAGUUGAAGCCGGAAGAGGACACAGUGAAAAGAUAGAAUUAUUGGAUUAUGAAGCAGUGGCUUAUGAGAAAAUUGUCAGAUUAGGAGGCACUUCUGAUAUGGAGAAAUUGAUUGAAAUGGUGACACUUCUGAAUCGUCCGUAUCACAUUUUGUCCCUACAAAAACUGUUCCGUCUUGCAAAUGUUAUCAGUUCGGAAAUGGAUUAUGAAUCAGAAUCGUUUUCGCACGCGAAAACAGUGGUUUUUAAUGGAAUACAGAACGUCAUCAGAGACAGAAAAAAGUUUUCACAGCUUGGAAAAUUUAAUGAUCACAAUAUGAAAAUGUGUGAUGAGCUACUCGAUCAGAUAUUUGAAUGUGAAUUCGUGAAGAAUGAUGAAAACGCUUCGUCUUGCCGAUUGAUGACUCUGUCGCCUGUUCCAGUUAAUAGACAAAAUAAUAUUGUCAUGAGACUGUGA